AUGGUCUCAUACACUGACUUCUUGACGACUGACAAACUCGAUGACUACGAGGAUGCAGCCAAGUUCGAGUCCGAGUACUUGCCCAAGUUGGAAAAGUACAGAAAGGACUUGGCAGCCGGUAUCUUGCCGGAGUUUUCCGCAGAGUUACCUGCUCCCAUUGCAGAAUUAGAAGAACAGCAAUUGAAUGCGGUCAAGUAUAUCCGUGAACACAGGUUAUUGACAGAACAGGAGUUUGAAAUCACAGACUCAUCUUUGGUGACUUUAUGCGAGAAAAUCGGCAAGGGCCAAUGGUCUGCGACCGACGUCUUCAAGGCCUUUGCCAAAAGAGGUACUCUUGCACACCAGUUCACAAACUGUGCCUUGGAACUCUUCCCCGAGGAAGGAUUGGAGAGAGCCAAGUACUUGGAUGAAUAUUAUGCCGAAAAUGGCAAGACUGUGGGUCCCUUGCAUGGAAUCCCUAUCUCAUUGAAGGAACAGAUGAACUACAAAAACAAAAUUACACAUGGAGGCUACGUUUCCAAGAUUACCAACAUCCCAACUAAACAUUCCAUUACCACACAGAUCUUGGAAGACUUGGGUGCCGUUUUCUAUGUUAGAACCAACCAACCUCAAACCCUCAUGCACUUGUGCGGAAACAAUAAUUUUAUUGGCCACUCUAGAUGCCCUUACAACAUAGCAUUGACUUCUGGAGGAUCCUCAUCUGGUGAAGGUGCUAUUGUUGCCUUCGGUGGCUCUGCUGUUGGUAUUGGAUCUGACAUUGGUGGCAGUAUCCGUGGUCCAGCUGCAUUUGGUGGAUGUGUUGGCUUGAGACCUACUACUAACAGAUUUUCCAAAAACGGAGGAAUUUCCUCCGGUGCUGGUCAGGAGUCUGUGCCUGCUGUGCAAGGUCCUUUGACCAGGACAGUUGACGAUAUCGACUUCCUCAUGGAUGUAUACAUCAAUCAGGGUAAGCCAUGGACCACAGACUGCACCACAUAUCCAUUGCCAUGGAAAAAAGUAGAGAAACCAAAACCAGAGAGUUUGACUAUCGGAAUCAUGUACGACGAUGGCAUUGUCAAGCCAACUCCUCCUAUUGCUAGGGGCUUGAAGCACGUAGCCGAGAAACUCGAAGCUGCGGGCGUCAAGGUGGUUGAGUUUAAACCAAUCAAGACUCAAUUGGCCCGUGAUACAGUUUGCAAAAUGUAUUCUUGUGAUGGAAACUACAUGCAGAGAAAGCUUUUGGCAGAUUCUGGUGAGCCAUUGACGAAGCUUACAAAGUGGGCACUCAACUACGGCGAUGGUUCUGAGAUGUAUGAUGUGGCAGAAAACAGAAAACUUAAUAUUAUCAGGGAUCAGUUGAAGCAGGAGUACACAGACUUCUUGAACGACAAUGCUAUUGACUUUAUCAUCAGUCCCACCUACAGUAACGUUGCACCCAGACCUGAGGAGAUCUACAACUGGUCCUACACAUCUUUGUUCAAUCUCAUCGACUUUCCAACUUUGGUAUUCCAGACUGGAUUAUUUCAAAGCCCAGAACAGGAUCAAUGGGACGAAUCACAUGCCUCGUAUGAGUUCAGAUCACCUUUGGAAGAGCUUGAGCUCAAUAAUUACGAUGCAAGCAAGUUCAAGGGUGCACCAAUCGGGUUGCAACUUACUGGCAGAAGAUACUUCGACGAAGACGUUGUUGCAGCUGGUAAGACUGUAGUUGAUGUUUUGGGCGUUGACUUGCUCAACUUGUAUAAGUAA